UUACGUUGCAAUGUUUUCCGAAGACGUAAUCGUAAGGAUAAACUGUAAUACUGCGGUGCACCUGCUAAAUGCGAUCGUUGGGUGUAUUUUGGAAGGUUAUAUAUAUAAGGUGAAUAUUGUGGAUCAGUUAAGCUUGUAUAACUCUAAACAGUCGUAAGGGGCAGCAAGGCUGUCUACCGCAAUAUGUCGACGGAGGAUUUGUCCACUUCCGACAGCGAGGCUGCCUUCGCGGGAGCCGGGGAACGCUGGGCGCCGGUGGGAGCCGUGGCCAGCCCGGAGGAUGAGCAUUGGAAAGGGGGCGCGCAGUCUGGUUCAGUGUUUUCCAGCGAGGCAGGGAUGGCAGCGAAACUGCGUAAGCUGGAGGUGGAGCAGGAGCAGCUGAAUUCGUCGCUUCUCGCAUUAACCUCUCACUUCGCUCAAGUGCAGUUUCGACUCAAACAGAUCGUCCAUGCGCAGAGCGAAGAGAAGGAGAGGAUGCUGCUGGAGCUGGAGGACUUUGCUUUCAAAGGAUGCCCUCAUGUCAUCGGGUGCAGAUCACAGGAUGCUCAAAUGCUGGAGAACUCUAGUGAGAGAGAGAAGAGGGAACGUUUGGAAGCCCAAAGAAAGAAGCAGAAAGAGUUGAUUUUCCAGCUGAAGACUCAACUCGAUGACCUGGAACGCUUCGCUUACCAGGAGGGCAGCUAUGACUCAUUGCCUCAGUCUGUUGUCAUGGAGAGGCAGAAGGUGAUAAUCGAUGAGCUGAUUAAGAAGCUGGAUGUAAACCUCAAUGAAGACAUUGGGAAUCUCACACCAGAGGAGCUCCGACAGAGAGUGGAUUCGGCCAUUGCUCAGAUAGUCAACCCGGUCAGAGUCAAAGAGCAACUGGUUGAGCAACUGAAGACUCAGAUCAGAGACCUGGAGAUGUUUAUUGACUUCAUACAAGAUGAGGUGGGGAAUCCUCUUUUAAAUGAGGGUGAGAAGAGCCAACAGGUCCGAGGAGCUGGACCAAACACUGGUGGCACUGGAGGAAUGAAGCAAGUGGACCCUGAACAAGCACAGAGGAUGCGAGAAACUGGCCUUCAGCUGAUCCAGAAAGCCUUAGCUGUCCUGCAGAUCUUUGCUUUGAGCCAGUUUGGAUGUGCUUCAGGCCAAGUGCCCAAGAAUGUGUGGUCCCAGGGGGGUGAAGCUCAAGAUUACGGCCCUCUGCUGCAAAAAUUGGAGGGAGCCGUAGAGCGCGUUCGUCUCCAAGCCUCUCGUCUUCAGCCCUCCUCUCAGGAGGAACAUGUGGUCAGCUACACCACCUGCCUGUCACCGGGAGGACCUCGGGACGACCUGACCGCUUGUGUGCGUAAGGAGCUGGCCAUGGCACUGCGGGACUUGCUGGCUAACGGCUUGUACUCUCCUUCCCAGGGCAUGAGCUUGGUGCUCGCGCCCAUUUCCUGCCUGCUGCCCGUCAGCUCUUCUCCACAGAACCUGCAUCCGUGGGAACUUUUUGUCAAGUACUAUCAUUCAAAAAACGGCCAGGCAUUUGUGGAAUCGCCUGCCCGUCAGCUCUCACAAUCCUUCAGUUUACCUGUAGGGGGCGGUCCGGUGACGGUCACUCCAAAGCAGUCUCUAUUGUGGGCCAUACAUACGGUUCUUAAAGAGCAUGGACGAUAUAAACGCAGUGCGGAUUCAGAGUUCAAGGCCUUGUUGUGCAUGGCACUUAAUGAGCAGAGGCUUGUGUCUUGGCUCAACCUGCUGUGUAAAUCUGGAACACUAAUACACUGUCACUACCAACCCUGGAGCUACAUGGCUCAAACAGGUUUUGAGGGCGCCCUGCGCAUUUUGGGUCGCCUCAGCCACCUCAAGUUCAAGCUGCCUGUAGACUUGGCUGUCAGGCAACUGAAAAACAUCAAAGAUGCUUUCUAAGCAUAGGAGUGAUAGGAUUUUGUGAUCUAAAGUGGGCAUGUUGAAAUAAAUAUAUAGGUAAAUUAGUAUCAGAACUGUUGAGUGGAGAAAAGAGAAGUGAUGUUGGGUGUUAUUAAAGGGAUAGUUCACCCAAACAUGAAAAUUCUGCCAUCUUUUACUCACCCUCCAAGUUGUUCCAAAUCUGUAUAAAAAUCUUGAAAACAAAAGAAGAUAUUUUAAAGAAUGUGGGAAACUCAACGGUUCUGGGGCACCAUUAACUACCCUAGUAUUUUUUCCCUGCUAUGAAAGUCUAUAGUGGCCCAAAUCUGUUUGGUUACAAAAUUCUUCUAAAUAUUUUUCUUUGUGUUUAGCAGAACAAUGGAAUUUACACGAGCAAAUGAUGACAGAAUUUUCAUUUUUGGGUGAACUAUCCCUUUAAUGAAUGUGACCCCAACACUCCUAUUUUGUAGCACCAAUUCCCUUUAUUCAUAAAUGCAAAUCGUAUAAAAAAAAUUUUUUUGGAACUAGAACAGUUAUGGAAAUAAAUAAACAACUCAUGCACUUUUUUUCUGUGACACUAAGCUGAUAUAGGCCCAAUGCCUUUAAUCUUCUCUGUGGUCAAGAGGAUGAUGAAGGCAAGUUUUAAUAUGCUGCACUGAUCGAACCUCAAAGAAAAUUCCCUCAGUUCAGUGACCGUGAGGAUGUGACUGAUUUGUUAUGUCCAGCUUUUACCAAAAUUAACCACAUUACUGUAUUAUUACUGAAAUUAUUGUGUAUGUUUAAGAUGCAUUAUUGUAAUCAUGUUUCAACAUAAACUAAACUGAGAUUGUACAGAUACACUUGAUACAAAUCAUGUUUUUCAUUUACUAGUGUUCAACACAGUCAAUAGUCAUGUCAGCUCUGUUGCUCUGUGCUCUUAUCACUGUCUAAGGUGACCAUGCAUGAUAAUGAGAUCUCACAACGUGAAAUAAAACUCGGGUAAUUAAGGUCAAACAAAAUGCAACAUAUAAAAACAGAAAUGCUUCAUUGUUCGUUGUGUGUCAUUGGAUUCUCCAAUUUUAUAGACUGGCCCGUUACAGCCAGUCGUUGCUGCAUAACUGAUUGUAGAAAACUGACAAAAUUAUCAGAAUCCUGUGACUAGUACAUCAGAUCCACAUAGUGUCACACAAUGUUACGAAGAUAAUCAAAUAAUUGUUCUGAAUAAGAAUUGAUAUGAUACACAUUAAUGCUGACUGAAUUAUAUAUGGUAUAUUAUGCUCCUAUAGUAUCCUUGUUUACUGCUCUAAAACAUUGAAUGUACAAUCCCUGAAAUUGUAUGCUGCUGCUGUACGCUUUUUCAUUUGUGAUUCCACAUUCCUUAUUCCAUUUUUCUAAAUACCCUUUGUGGAAGAGGAUGGGACUUUUCCUACCUUAUUUAGUAAACAGAUUAAGCACUGAAUGCAUUUUUCUGCACUAUUAAGACAUGUAUGGAUGCUUGUGAUUCAUGGUCUCAUGUGCUUGUUUCAAGUUAACGUUUCAAAAGAAAUCUUUCUGUUUCUCUCAAGUUUGUACUGUUGUGUAUCUGUGUAGAUCAUAGACAGAAAAAGUAUUUCAAUGACAACACUACUGCAAUUAUUUCAAUUUAGUUUAAGGUAUAUUCUAAUGAUGGUGUCUUUUCAGUGAAUAUGUUGAUUAAAUGUCUUGAU